UCUGAAAAAAGUAUAUUUUGUUACUACAUAUUACAUUAUAUGUCACCAAUAAAUAAAUUCAAUUCUGAUAUUUUUUUAUUUAUUUCAGGAAAACUGGUUUCAACUAAAUGGAAUAAUAUACGAGAUUCAUGGCUUAAGACGGUGAAAAAACAAAAAGAUGAGUCUAAAUCUGGAUCUUCGGCCAAAAAGACACGAAAUUAUUUAUAUCACGAGCAAUUAAUGUUUUUGAAAAAGGUCUCCGAACCUCGACCGCCUCAUGAGUCGGGUUCAAAAAAAGCAAGAACCGAGACUGAAGUAGGCAUGGAAUCAGAUUUUCGUUCAUCUUUAAUUAAAGAUAAAAGAACAAUUGAUAAUAAAGAAGUAAAUGAGAAGAUGUCAAAGUUUUUGGAUUCCAGAAUGAACCCAGAAAAAGAAAACCAUCAUCUUUCUUUUUUCAAAGGCAUUAUACCAGUCUUGAACACUUUAACUAUCGAAGAGACUUUAGAAUUUCAAGCCAGCGUCCUGACAAUGUUGCAAAAAAUUAAAAGUAGGAAUUAUGAGAGAGAGAAUUACGGACAUUGGCGUCAUUAUAAUCAGAUGACCGGACCAGAUCAGUAUACUCGCUCUGGAUACUACACACAUCCUAAUCAACAGGCGACACCUACGCAAGAUCAACACUCUGGAUACUCUACAACACCUAUACCAUCAACUUCUUCCCAAAUUCCAGUGAAUCCAGUUUCGCCAACAGCAUCUACUCAUUCCAUAUACUCCCAAGAGUCAGAAUAUUUAGAUUUUGAAGGGUUUUAAAUUUGAGUACAAAUAAAUACUUAAGUGACUAAUUUGCAUUUUUAAUUAAUAAUUAUUUAUUGUCAAAAGAACACACACACACACUUUACCUUAAACAAAUGGCCAAUCUUUGUUCUGGGCAAAUACAUUCUCUAAAACUUGUAUUUCGUACUCUUAUGCCUGGUGAAAGUCGUCCCAGUAAAUCGUCAAAAGUGGUUGUUGUCAUUCGAAAAUAAUUGAAGAACUUUGAUCCGUCACUUCUAAGUUCACCCAUCAAUGUUUCAAAUGUCCCUAGUGUAAAUCUUUCCCGUAAAAUAGGAUGUACCCAAUACUUUCUUCUUUUAUUUUGCCUUCUGUACCACCACCACCACAACACAACAAUUUCGUCGUCCAUUGUGGGCACAGGUCCAAAUUCAACUGAGGUGCUUUAAAUGUGAACACUCUGUCCGGUGUCCGGUUUCCGGCAGAUCUGCCGGUCCGGCAUAGUGGGAACCCGGCCAUAUGCCUGCAUCGCAUUUGCACAUUUGCCACCCUCCUCCCUCAAACCCCUCCAAGUCCUACAAAACAAAUUCAUGCGCAUGGCCACAGGCUCUCCGUGGUACGUGCGUAAUGUAGACCUCCAUAGAGACCUCCAGCUCCCGACCAUAGCUUAUUACUUUAAACAGCUUUCUAAAAAUUAUUUUGAGAAAGCCACCAAACACCCCAACCCCCUGGUAGUUGGGGCAUCAACAUAUACCCCCGACCGUAACGACCCUCCCGACAAAAGACGCCCAAAGCACGUCCUUAACGAUCCCGACGACCAAAUUAUGACGGACAAUGCUCCCUUUCUUGUAGGGCUACACGAAACAAACAAUUUACAGCGUCUUCGCCGGCGAAGACGAGGUCCCCGAU